CCCCGGUGCCCCCCAGGUCUGUCCCCGGGGCAGUUGUACUCGUACCCUGCCCGGUGCUGGCGCAAGAAGCGGCGCCUCAACAUCCUGGAGGCCCCGAGGCUGCGGCCCUACUGCGAGGCCCCGCUGCGCAAGGAGGGCGGGGGGUCCCUGCCCGAGGGGCCGGUGCUGGAGGCGCUGCUGUGCGGGGACACCCCCGACAGGAGGGACAAGGACGAGGAGCCACCGACAGAGGGCACG